GUCCACCUCAACAACAAUAGCUUAGCGGGUAAGGAAAUAAGGAAUAGUCAAAUCGAAUUCCAAUAUCUGCAUAGCGCAAUUUUGUUCUUCCAUACCCAUUGCGCGUUUAUUUAUGUAUUAAAAAGGAAAAAUUGACCGUCCACACUGCCGUCAAUUCAUUUCUCUCCCUAUAAAUCCCCGGCCAGGCAACAGGAUUUUUAUUAUCACCGUUACAUUUCGAAAUCCUUCUGCGAUCAUGGCCGAUGAAACGAGCCCUAACAAUCAACAGCAGCCGGAGGAGGUUGAAAUUCAGAUCGAGGAGCAGAGGUUGAAGUAUUUGGAGUUUGUGCAAGUCGCGGCGCUCCACGCCGUCUUAUGCGCUGCGAAGCUCUACAGUUACGCUAAGGAGAAUUUGGGCCCUCUCAAGCCUGGCGUUCAGACUGUGGAGGGUACUGUUAAGACCGUCGUAGGUCCCGUUUACGAGAAGAUUCAAUAUGUUCCGUCUGAAGUCCUCAAGUUCGUAGAUCGCAAGGUUGAUGAGUCAGUUCACAAGAUCGAGGAUCAUGUUCCACCUUCUGUGAAACAAGUAUCAGCCCAGGCUUUUCUAACUGCACAGAUGGCUCCAUCGGUUGUCCGUGCUGUUGUUUCUGAAAUGAAAAGUACUGGUGUGGUGGAAAUUGCAUCUAUAUUGGCAAAAUCCGUAUACACACAGUGUGAGCCUGCUGCCAAAGGGAUAUACUCCAAGUACGAACCACUAGCCGAACAGUAUGCUUUGUCGGCUUGGCAGUCUCUUAAUCAUCUCCCUCUUGUUCCCAAGGUGGCUCAAGCCGUUGCUCCAACGGCUUCUUACUUGUCUGAGAGGUACAACCAGACUGUUCAAGUUGGUGCUGAGAAGGGGUACAGAGUUGCAACGUAUCUUCCCUUAAUGCCCACUGCCAAGAUUGCUAGACUGCUGACUAAUGCAAGCCCUGUGGAGACCACCAGCUAAAAGGAGUAAAGCACUGUGUGAGUAAGAGUAGUAGUACCCUGUAUUUCUUCCGAUACAUUGGAACUUCAUUGUGUCUUUACUUUCAUGAAAAACUCGGAAUGACUUUAAGUGUUUUGUUGCUUGGUGUUGUCAUACUGUUGUUAUUGAACUGGUUUGGUUGUAUGUUACUGGUUUACCGUUUCUUUUAGCAAAGCACAUGAUUUAUUUAUAAAAUAACCAAAUAAGGAUGCAUUUUUUUUCUAUUACGCAAAAGCAAAAUAUAUGAUAUCAUAUUAUUA